UUACGGAUUCUCUGUCCCAGACCUGGCAACCUUCAUGUUGUUCAGUGGGAGGCGCUAGUCCGCAGUAGUUUCUGGAAGGAACCUCAUGCUGGUAUCAUGGACAAAGUUUCAGUAUUGAAAGACCAGGGCAACAAGGCACUGAGUGCAGGAAACAUUGACGAGGCCGUGCGGUUCUACACUGAAGCCUUGGCCCUCGACCCUUCAAACCAUGUCCUGUUCAGUAACCGAUCCGCUGCCUACGCCAAGAAAGGCAACUAUGAGAAUGCUCUCCAGGAUGCCUGUCAGACCAUCAAGAUCAAGCCUGACUGGGGAAAGGGCUACUCCCGCAAAGCUGCGGCUUUGGAAUUUCUCGGCCGAUUGGAGGAUGCUAAAGGAACUUACCACGAGGGACUCCGACAAGAGUCAAAUAACCAGCAGCUGAAAGAGGGUUUACAGAACAUUGAAGCCCGCCUCGCAGAGAAAUCCAUGAUGAACCCCUUCGCUAUGCCCAACUUGUAUCAGAAGCUGGAGAAUGAUGCUCGGACGCGGGAGUUAUUGUCAGAUCCCACCUACAGAGAACUGCUGGAGCAGCUCAGGAACAAACCAUCAGAGCUUGGGACAAAGCUGCAGGAUCCCAGAGUGAUGACCACACUCUCUGUGCUGCUCGGACUCAACCUGUCUGAGAUGGAGGAAGAAGAUGAGCCCACCCCACCUCCUCCGCCCAAACCCAAAGAGACUCAGCCUCCUCAACCCAAAGAGGAAGACCUCCCAGAAAACAAGAGACAGGCCUUGAAGGAAAAAGAACUUGGGAAUGCUGCUUAUAAGAAUAAGGACUUUGACGCAGCGCUGAAACACUAUGAAGAGGCAAUCAAACAUGACCCCACCAACAUGAUGUACAUCUCUAAUCAAGCAGCUGUCUACUUUGAAAAGGGAGAUUUUGACAAGUGCCGAGAGCUGUGUGAGAAGGCCAUUGAUGUUGGCAGAGAGAACCGAGAAGACUACAGACAAAUUGCAAAGGCCUUGGCUCGGAUUGGAAAUUCAUACUUUAAGCAGGAAAAAUACAAAGAAGCGGUUCAGUAUUUCAACAAGAGUUUGACGGAGCAUCGUACUCCUGACGUCUUGAAGAAGUGUCAGCAGGCAGAAAAGAUCGUGAAGGAGCAGGAGAAAAUUGCCUACAUGAACCCAGAUCUAGCCCUGGAAGAGAAGACCAAGGGAAACGAUGCCUUCCAGAAAGGUGACUAUCCCUUAGCCAUGAAACAUUACUCUGAGGCGAUCAAGAGAAACCCAAAUGAUGCCAAACUCUUCAGUAACAGAGCUGCCUGCUACACAAAGCUGUUGGAGUUUCCACUUGCCCUCAAGGAUUGUGAAGACUGCAUCAGACUUGAGCCCGCAUUCAUAAAAGGCUACACACGUAAAGGAGGUGCUUUGGAAGCCAUGAAAGAUUAUUCCAAGGCUAUGGAUGCUUACCAGAAGGCAAUGGAGCUGGACUCUUCCUCAAAGGAAGCCACAGAAGGCAUUCAGCGCUGUAUGGUCAGUCACACCACGAGGAACGACAGCCCUGAGGACGUGAAGAAAAGGGCGAUGUCAGACCCCGAGGUGCAGCAGAUAAUGUCCGACCCGGCCAUGCGCAUGAUCCUUGAGCAAAUGCAGAAGGACCCCCAGGCACUCAGCGACCACUUAAAGAAUCCAGUUAUCGCUCAGAAGAUUCAGAAACUCAUUGAUGUUGGACUGAUAGCCAUUCGUUGAUGAGAGAUGCGCCAGAUGUGUGAAGAAACUCCCAAGGCUAAAGUGGAACAACAUGCAAAACCCUCUGAAAUAUUACAUCCUAUUUUCUUGCCUUCAAAUUCAAAAUUAUAUUGUCCUUAAUCUCACUGAGAAUAAGUGUGUAUGUUAUGUUUUUUUUAAACUUCACAACUUUUACAUUGUAUCUAAGAAAGCAUCUUGUUGUCAUCUGGAAAUCUUGAAAACUCCAGUAAAAUCUGGAUUUAUGUGAACAGAUGCUUAAUUACAUCUUAAAAUAAACGUCUCAAUGCAGUGCACCAGUAUGUUCAGUGUUUAAAGGGGAAAUCCACCCUAAAGCAGUUCACACAUUCCUGUCGCCAUAUGAAAGUGUUGUGAAAGGAAUGAAAGAUUAAAAAAAAAAAAAAAAUUAUUUCUAGACUUUUAUUCUUAUAAGUUGAUCACAAAUUGAAAUUGUCAACACUUUUAUAUUGUUAUCUUUAAGGCGGCCUUCUGUCUGCUUGAUAUUUGUGUCCAGCUCAUAUCAGGAAAGUGAUUCUGUGAUUGCAGUGGAGUGAGGAUAGAUCUCGACAAAUUGUGACGAGAAAGAUACUUUCCAUUGCUUUUUAGAUCCUUUGAGUCUGAGCUCUUGUGCCAGGGGAAAUAUCACGCGGUCAGAAAAAAGUGACAAGAAUGUUAUUGAUAAUCUGCUCUGUGAGCAAAAACACAAUGUGGUGACCUUGCACAGUCAUGAUUUUGUGGCUCAGGUUUUUAUUUUGUUAAGGAGCCAUGUUGAUGAGCAAAACUAAACAUGAAGCUAGAGGGUGGUUUUACAAAAUGGGGAAAAAUUGCUUGGCCUGAAUAUUUCCAAAUCGGAAUAAUGUGAUGGUUAAAGGGUGGAUUUACCUUUCUAAGCUCGCAGUUAUUGGUUAAAUAGUCAAAUAGAAUGACACUCGCUAGAGCACAUACCUCUGCCAAGGACCAAUAGUCCCGUCUAUUUCAAUCAAGCUGCACCAAAUUUAACACACUCCUAUUCAGUCCCCUAUAUAUGCCUGAUUUUCUUCAUCAAAAUCUGAAUUAUUCCCUGGGAAAUCUGUGGAAAUUUAUAAAAAACACCCCAUCUGGCAAUGUUAAAAGAAAGUGGGAAAAAAAAUCCUGCAUCUGUCCCCUGUUCCAGAUGUGCUCCAAAAUUUAAAGGAUUCUUUCCUGACUUAUACCACAACCUUCCAACAAGUUUUGUGGUUAUCUGUUCUGUAGUUCUUGUGUAAUCUUGCUUACAAUCAAACAAACAUAAACCCUUGGACCGGUGAAAACACAACCUCCUUGGGGUAGGUAAUCAGUCUUGUACUGAGACCCCAGUGCUACCUGUCAAUUCUUUAUAAUAUGUACUUCACUCAUCAAGGCAAUUCUUCAGGUAAAUUGUGCCAGCCUUUUCUGAUUUGAAUUGUAACGCUCUGUAAUUCAAUGGCUUCAGUGGUGGAAAUGGUUCUACAGCAGUAGAUUGCUCAGUUUGUGUUCCAGAGAGGAAGUUCAUAUAAAUGUUGAUAUUGCUAUUGACCAUUAGGCCAUGUGUGGCCUCAGAUACCUCAAGAGUCACCACAUCGCAUAGUUAUUGCAGUGCUUAGUUUUGAAUUUGAAUAUAUCAGAAAUUACCUUUUGUUUUCACAAUUCUAAAUUUGAAAAAAAAACAAAACAAUUCUCUAAGACGUGACACACAACACGACAGAAACCAAUAUGUCCAAUGUAAUAAUAUAUUACACGCAACAAAUGUAACUCUAGCAUGAUAUAAAAAGAAACCGCUUCAAGACAUGUAAUGUACUGAUGGGAAUUAGCUGCACAGUGAAAUAUACAGUAUCUUCAGUGAAUUACAAAGGUUAAUGGUGACUCAUUUUUUUGUCCAAGGCAAAACAUUGACUCCUACUCAAUGUGCUUUAGACACCAGUACAACAUACAGUGUAGAGAUUCUUCAUAUUAACGUGUGUGCGUAGUCAUACAUUCCACAAACGAAGCAUCGAAUAACACCUUAAGUGUAUUGUUAACAGAUAUCUGUGGUGCAAAAUUAAAGUUGAAUGUAAAAACUAA